AUGCAGCUUAAUUUUUUAUUUUUACUUGCCGGUACACUCAUCUGGCAAUCUACCGAUGCACAUCCAGCAAGCUAUGAUCAGCGUCAAACGGGUGAUCUCAACGUUCAACUCGGCUUUAAGGACAUCCAGGUCGUUGCGCUUAUGGACACAGAUCUUCUUGGUGAUUAUGUGGAUUACAAUUACUCUUAUGACUACGCUGAUUUUACAAUAAAACCAGCCUCCAAGCCUACGACUACUGCAGGUCCUACAAGUUCAGUUGAACCUUGGCAUACUUGGCCAACAAUUCCACCAUCAUCUUCAACUACUUUGUCAUCAUCUUCAUCAUCAUCCUUACAAUCAUCUUCUUCUUUAGAACCAGAUGCUAUUUCUCCUUCUUCUUCUUCUUCUUCUUCUUCAACAACAACAACAAUAUCUUCAAUAACUUCAAACGAUUCUUUAGAAAUUGAAAAAAUAACUUCUUCAACUGAAACAAAUAAAAAUCCUUCUAAAAUAAAUCGACGAGAUUCUCUUUCAAAAUUUGAUUGUCCUUCAGGGUACAGUUCAGAUGCAAAAGGACGUUGUCGUAAAAUAAUUCGUAGGCGCCUAUCAUUUUUGCCCAGAUUAAUGAAACUGGGGCCAAAAAAAGAAGGAACAAGCAAAGAUUUGCGCGCAGCGCCUUGGAUAUCUGAAACACAAUAA